UUGGCCGUCCUGCGCACCGCCCGCACCGCCCUUACGCACUGUUCUGGAGACGGAUAGGAAACGUCCCGCUGCAGAGCCCGAGAGCCGGCCUUCGCUCCUGCUUGUCCGCGUAGAGGUGUCGAUAAAGGAUUAAUGAGCCACAAAGGCACCCAACUUCUCCUUUAAGGCUCAUUUCGGCGUUUUUUCGGCGUUACGCCUGGACUGCCUUACACCUUCCCUUUCAUAUUCACUCCAUUCGAGGAUACCUGUACCUCUACUGAUGGAACAGGGUCACUCCAACGUUCUCCUGCAGCCGCCCAGCACCACCUAACAUUUCCUGGAAGAACGUGUCCAUUGCCUGCUCCCAACAAACAUGGACUGUUUUCCCAUGCUUUAUUUUCUGUCGUCCUUUCCUAAUCUUUUAUCUCCCUGUUCCAUCUGCUGCUCCCACCAGAGACAUCAUGAUUCCUGGUAAUCGAAUGCUGAUGGUCAUUUUAAUAUGCCAAGUCCUGCUGGGAGAGAGUAACCAUGCUAGUCUGAUACCUGAAGAAGGGAAAAAGAAAGUACCUGGCCUGCAGGGUCGUUCGGCCGCUCAGAGCCAUGAACUGUUGCGGGACUUUGAGGCCACGCUGCUGCACAUGUUUGGCCUCAAAAGGCGGCCGCGGCCCAGUCGCUCGGCCACCGUGCCUCGCUACCUGCUGGACCUCUACCGGCUGCAGUCGGGGGAGGCUGAGGAGGCCGGAGCGCAUGACAUUGCUUUUGAGUAUCCAGAGAGGUCAGCCAGCCGGGCCAACACCGUGAGGGGUUUCCACCAUGAAGAGCACAUGGAGAGGGUGCACGAGCUGCACAGCGGAGACUCCACGCCCCUUCGCUUCCUCUUCAACCUCAGCAGCAUCCCAGAGGAUGAGCUGCUGUCUUCCGCAGAACUGAGGCUUUACCGGCAUCAGAUCGAUGAGGCUCUGGCCGACUCCCUGUCAGAUGGCCACGGGCUUCACCGGAUAAACGUGUACGAGGUGCUGAAACCGCCGCAACCCAGGCAACUGAUCACGCAACUUCUGGAUACGCGACUUGUGCACCACAACACGUCGCGCUGGGAGAGCUUCGACGUCAGCCCCGCCGUGCUGCGGUGGACUCGCGAGCGCCUCCCUAAUUACGGACUGGCGGUGGAGGUUCUGCACCUCAACCAGACUCCGCGCCAUCAGGGCCGACACGUCCGCAUCAGCCGCUCGCUACACCAAGAGCCCGGCGAGGACUGGGAGCAGCUACGCCCUCUCCUGGUUACCUUUGGCCACGACGGGAAGGGUCACCCGCUGACCCGCCGGACCAAGCGCAGCCCCAAACAACGGGGCCGUAAACGCAACCGCAACUGCCGGCGCCACGCACUGUACGUGGACUUCAGCGAUGUAGGCUGGAAUGACUGGAUAGUGGCGCCUCCUGGCUACCAGGCCUAUUACUGCCACGGGGAGUGCCCCUUUCCUCUGGCAGAUCACCUGAACUCAACCAACCACGCCAUUGUUCAGACACUGGUGAACUCUGUGAACAACAACAUUCCCAAGGCCUGCUGCGUGCCAACAGAGCUCAGCGCCAUCUCCAUGCUCUACCUAGACGAACACGACAAGGUGGUCCUAAAAAACUACCAGGAAAUGGUAGUGGAGGGCUGCGGCUGCCGCUAACACACAAACUUACUAAAACCUGGACUUGGACUUGGGGAAAAAAAAGCAACACGGAUGCUAAAACCAAUCAGAAGGUCUUUACUCCCAAAAAAUGUUCACUUGGACCCUUAUUUAUAACUUUUAUGAGGUGUAUGUUUGUCUCACUUUUUUUUUGUUUCUUUGACAAUAUGAUCAUAUAUUUUGACAAAAUAUAUAUAUUUAUAUCUACGUAUUAAAAAUAAAUUGAGUCCUUAUUUUAAACAUAAAAAAGCUGUACAACUUUUCAUAAUGUACAUUAGAUUGUAUAAGUUUUUUUUAUUGAGAAAAUAGUAAAAAACACUCUAAAAAGUAAAGUUUAUUUACUGGUAAUAUUUAUUGCUUUCAUAUUAUAUACAGAAAAACAAAUAAAAAACAAAACAAAACAUG